AUGUGCACACGUUUCCUCAACUUCUGUGUCUUUGUGGUGUCUCGCCAAUGUUUGGAUAAUCAACAGUCCUUGUUGCUCGAAUUGAAGAACAACCUUAUGUUUGCUUCUACUAAGUCCACAAAACUUGCUAAGUGGAACCAAAGUAUCGAUUGCUAUUCUUGGGAAGGCGUAACUUGCAACGAGGGACGUGUUAUUGGUCUUGACCUUACCUAUGAAUAUAUUUUUAAUAUUGGUAAACUUGACAAUUCAAGCAGCCUCUUCGGUCUUCAACAUCUUCAAAGCCUGAGUUUGGCUGAUAGCAUUUUCCAAAAUUCUCAGAUUCCAUCAGAAUUUGACAAGCUGGCGAAUUUGAGUUAUUUGAAUCUAUCAAAAGCAGGCUUUGCAGGGCAGAUUCCAAUUGUAAUUUCAGGCCUGACAAGGUUGGUUACUCUUGAUUUAUCUACUAAUUAUUACUCUUCGCUGAAACUUGAGAAUCCAAAUUUAAAUAUGCUCCUUCAUAACCUUUCGGAGCUUAUGGAACUAUAUCUUGAUGGUGUUUCAAUAUUAGCACAAGGUAAUGAGUGGUAUCAAGCUUUAUCAUCUUCAUUGCCAAAUUUAAGAGUGUUCAGCUUGUCAUUUUGCAACCUUUCGAGUUCUUUUGAUUCCUCCUUAAGGAAUCUUCGUUUUAGAGGAGAAUUUCCGAAAAAGAUCUUCCAAGUUCCAACGCUAGAAACACCUGACUUGUCAUAUAAUGAUAUACUUGAGGUUUCUUUGCCAGAAUUUUUCCCAAAUGGAUCUCUUCGAACCAUGAUGCUUAGAUAUACAAAUGUUUUUGGGUCAUUACCACCUUCUAUCGGUAACCUUAAAAUGUUGUCAACAUUAGUUCUUCAGGGAAGCAAUUUCAUCGGAUCAAUUCCACACUCAAUUGCGAGCCUCACGCAAUUGGUCACUUUGGACAUGUCAUACAAUAAUUUCAGCGGAUCAAUUCCAUACUCAAUUGCGAGCCUCACACAAUUAGUCUUUUUGGACAUGUCACACAACAAUUUCAAUGUAUCAAUUCCAGACUCAAUUGCGAGGCUCACACAAUUGGUCUAUUUGUACAUGUCAGACAACAGUUUCAGUGGAUCAAUUCUAGACUCAAUUGCGAGCCUCACACAUUUGGCCUCUUUGGACUUUUUAACAUAUCUAGACAUUUCAUACAAUCAAAUUCAUGGAGAGAUCCCCAUAUCAAUAUGCAAUGCUAUAGAACUUGAAGUUCUAGAUCUGUCUAAUAAUUCCUUCUUUGGCACAAUUCCCCAAUGCUCGAUUGAGAUGAGUGGUAAAUCACUUAAGGUGUUGAAUCUAAGGACAAACAACAUCAAUGGCACAAUUCCUGAGGCAUUUCCAAGUACUUGUGAUUUACAAGUUUUAGCUCUCAAUAAAAACCAACUAAAAGGGGGGUUACCGAAAUCUUUGGCCUAUUGCUCAUGGUUGGAGGUCUUGGACAUUGGGAACAAUCGCAUUGAGGACACCUUCCUAUUUUACUUGAAUAAUACAUCCACAUUGAGGGUUCUUGUUCUACGAUUUAACAAAUUUUAUGGGCCCAUUACUCAUCCAGAGCUUAAUGCCACCUGGCCGAUGCUUCAAAUUAUAGACAUGGCUUCAAACAACUUUAUUGGCAACCUUCCAAUAAUACUUCUUUCUACUUGGAUGGCAAUGAUGAAUCGUGCACAUGAGGCCCAAUCAGAGCCAAGUUGCCUCGAAACUUAUGUGGCUAAUUAUUAUUAUCAAGAUACGGUAACAGUCACCAACAAAGGUUUAGAGGUGGAGUUGGUGAAGAUCUUAACCAUCUUCAUCACUAUUGACUUUUCUUGCAACGGCCUUGACGGUCCUACCCUUGAAGAAAUCGGAGAACUCAAAGCUCUAUAUAUUCUCAACUUGUCGCAUAAUGCUUUCACGGGCCAAAUUCCAUCAUCUUUGGGGAAAUUGAGUAAUAUGGAGACACUAGUCUUAUCAAGCAACAAGCUUUCUAGUAAGAUUCAUGUGCAACUUGCUCAUGGUCUUAUUUUCCUCUCAAUUCUCAACCUUUUCUUCAAUCAUUUGGUGGGGCAAAUUCCAUUCAUCAAGCAAUUUGCCUCCACUAGAAUCUAUUCUCUUUCAAGUUUAAUUCUAUAG